AUGGCCUCCAUCGGCUCAGCCUCCAUCCACGCGGUGGGCGGCAUCUUCGCGAGGUCCACCGCGCGAGUCCGCGGCACCCGCGCGGUACGCGCGUCCUACUCAACGUCCGUCGGCCCGUCGGCCGACGCCAAGGACUACCGGGUCUUGGCGUUCGAGGAUAGCUACAACAUCAAGGAGAUGCUCAGGGACGCGCGGGUUCGUUACGGGCACUUCGAACAACGGUGGAACAGCGAGCGGUGCAUCGACGCCAUCAAAGAGUUCGGCAGGGUGGAUGUGCUGAUGCUGGACUUUUACCUGCCCCCAGUCACGGGGCUGCAGGUUCUCCAGCAGGUGAACGAGGCUGUGGCGUCGGGGGUCAUCCAGAGGCCCAAGCACAUCAUCGGGAUGUCCUCGGUGGGGUCGUGCAACGGAAGGCUGAUGCAGGAGGGCGCGGACGCGGGAUUCGUCAAGUGGGACGUCGGAAUGUGGGAGGGAUGGGCGCGGGACGAGUGGUGA